AUGAAUAAGCUGCUUAUCACGCUACAUGGCUGUCAUAUAAUGCAUUCCCCGGGUCUCUCGACCGUUUCCCCUCGCGUAUUAAUAGUGGUGGAUGGUGUGUACGAGUUCGUGGCUCACGGGAAAGCUAGCACCUUCACAUCCUACUUCAACGAGCUUUUCACAGUUGGUUACAUUGACCGCUUAACAGUAGUUGAAGUACUUGUAUACAAUUCGUCAACCACGGGAUGUGGAGACUACAACGAACAACAGUUGCUUGGGACAUGUCGAUUAUCCACCGUGUGGUUGUUCCAGGGGAAGACACCUAAGCGGCGACGCCAUGUUUUGGCGAACGAUGCCGGCAUAGCCGGGACAGUUGAGCUCACUUUGAUGCUUGACACCUCUAGGGAAGGUAAAGGCAGCUUUGAAGAAGAGACGAACGAGUGGUGUGCCUCGCGUUUGGUUCGUUUUCUGAUGCACAAUGAUAAGGGCCGUUUGAGGGAUGUAGACCUUUUGCUUUCCACAAUGGAGACUGAUGGAGCACCACUGAGGCCUCUAGCAUCACCCCCAAAAUGCGCAGCUGCUUCCUCUGAGAGUUCGCGAAGCUCUUGCGCGGCUUUUGAAGAAUUAAUGAGGAACCUGUGCGAGGAGUAUCACUGUGAAGAACCUCCGCAGUGUCGGGUCCGGGUUGCUUUGGAAGGUUGUACCUCUCUUGAAGAAAGUGACAAGCACCACUCAUCAAAUGUAAUUGUGGUGUUUCGGAGUACAGCCGAGGAGUUCGUGUCGCCGUCAAGGCCGUACACGUCUAACCCUGUCUGGGGAUCAACGUUGGGUACGGCCACUUUCGACGUCUGUAACCCGGAGGACUUUGUGCUUGAUGUUAUUGUGUACCGCAUCACUUCGUCAUCGGGUUAUGUUGAAGUUGGCCGGGCGCGAAUACGUGUUUACAUGCUCACAACGGAAUACUCUUCCAAAAGACAAUAUUUUAUUUUCCGCCAUGAUAGUUACAUAACGCCAUGUGUUACAGGCGCCGUCCAUAUCACAAUAAAACCGUUGGGGUUCGGACUGUCACCGAAAGAUGCGGGUGGAACCGCCGACUUGUUCCAUGCUCGGUUGAAUCGUUUUUUUUACCGCUACGAUCGUCGGCGACUGCAAGAGGUGGAUAUUAUUCUCUACUCUCGCAGGAAUAAACUGGAUGAAUUGAUGGACGAAUUGGAAGUUUACUACGGUCGUGAACCUGGCACGGCAGUACUGUGUUUGACUGUGGAGGAGGUGCAAUCGUUAUUGCAUGUUGCAUCUACGGACCUCGAUGGUGAGGAUGUAGUAGUUGUGGUCACAAUGGGUAGCCAAUCGAACCGUACAGACGCUAAGCGAGUGACUGCGAACUCUCGAAUAGUUUUUGGCAAUGCUUUUCAGAUUGACGUUGUUCGAGAAACUGAUAUGAUACGGUUUGAAGUAGUGAAAGCAGGAUGUGAGGACGUUGUGUACGGAAGCGUGGAUUUUACUUGCCUCAGAAUUCAGAAAGGUGUUGAGAAUACCCGGACGCUGUAUUUGGUAGGAGCUGCGGGCACAGAGAAGGCAUUUCUAAGUGGAACAAUAACAGUUACUUUUUUCAGUGAAAAUUUGGGCCAGUCGUACACUGCUGAUACAGAAUCAGAGUGCAUGUAUGCAGGGCGUCUGCGUCGCUAUGCGUGUCAGCACGCACCAGAAAAACUGCAUCUUGUGGACGUGGCGGUUGCUACUGUUUUCGAUACUGAGGGAUUCAUGAAGGAAAUGAGUCGAGAUUAUGGCGAAGAGAAUCCAACUUAUGUGCUGUACAUGACAGUAUUGGGGUGUCGAAAGCUGAGGAAGCGUUUUGGGUUUACAAUGAGUGCGUACGUUGUCGCUCGUAUGGGCGUGGACCGCUACGAGACACGUGUAGUGAGAAAUAGUACGAAGCCGGACUACUUUGAAUUCUUUGAGUUUUUUAUAGAUCAGUUCGCGCACACGGAACUCACCCUAGUAGUUAUGGAUCAGUACGACAUGGGUACCGACAAAGAGGUUGGCCGGACUGUCAUUCCCUUGGAAAAUGCAAUCCCCGAGCAUCAGUACAACCUCUGGUUGCCUCUCAUGAAGGAUGGGUGCUCCAACUGUGGGUUUGUGGGUGUGAAGUUUGUGGUAAAGGAUCUUCAACUUCGCGACUCGUUGUGUGACCACGUCAAAGCAGGAACCUUCUCAGAGCGUUGCGGCCCUAGACAAGAGGAGCUUACAUCGCCAAAUGAGUCACGACGGGCAACAGGUGUUACCAAUUUUUCCAACGCGUUAUACCACUUGUUUGGUGGGUGGGGCAAGAGAAUAUUCCGUGCGCCUCGGUGGCAGCCGUGGCGGGACGAGUCCAGCAAGGGGUUCUCCAAGCUCAAGGUAUCUGAAGGGGUUUCGGGCUGUGAGCAUGGAUCAGAUCACCCAGUGCUUGCGAACAUCAUUGACGACGGCAUCUACUCUGCAAGUGAGUUCUUGCGACCCAGAACAGCGAGAACGGCACCCAAGUUAUUAUCAAAUCUUCUUGUUAAACAGCGUGCUCGUCACACCCUCGUCCCGCAAACACCUAACUCUACCACAGGAAGGCGGUUUUUACAUGUACACCUCCACUACUGUGACGACUUGGAAGAGAGGCGUUUAGUUCCUCCAAGCCCAUGUGUGAUGCUCGCAACGCUCAGGACAACAUACAUUUCGAGAACAGCGUUCGAAACUUGUUCACCCCGAUAUGACGAUGUGUUUCAUUUUCCCAUCACUUGCCCAGAUGAGGACUUUCUUACCAUAACAGUCAUGACAGACACGCCGUACGGUAGAAAAACUCUUGGGUUCUGUAUGCUCUCCAUAAAAAAUGUUUGCUAUGGCAUGCCUCAAACGCGUUACGUAGCGCUGGUGGUCGCCCCUCAUGGAUCUGUGGCGCAACAACGUGGUGUGGUGUGUCUCUCCCUCCUUAGUGAGAAUUUCGGUGUUGCCGUACCGCCACCCCUGGGGAGAGAGUGCAGCUUUCGGCAAUGGUUGCAAAGCAUCCUCGUGAAGUAUGCGCCGACGGAGCUGCAUCGGCUCGAAUGGUACGUAGGCGAGUAUUCUGUCAAAGACAACAGAGAGGUGGAAGGCUUCUUCGUUACGAACACAUACAAGAGGAGGGGGAAGGAGGAAGUCAAUGUCCAUAUUUCCGUGGAAACGGUAUCAAACUUGCAUUGCGAUGGUUUGGUCGUUGCCUCUGGUUCGUGUUCGAUGACGGCGGAGUUAGGGGGAAGGACGGUCUGCCGUAUCCCCGCUGUGGAGGGAAGCAACGGCUUCUUCAACAUUUCAGGGGAAUUCGAUGUUGUCAUCCCUCAACCACUAACGCAGACACUGCGCCUUCUUGUGAGCGUCAAGGCAGGCUCAAAACGUAGCCACGGAGAAUGUGUCAUAUCAUUCGCGGAUGUGCACCGCAAGGCAGCUCGUGGGCAAGCUCACUACAUUGUGGAAGGCCCAGGACUCCCGUCGGCCUCCCCCAUUGGUUACGUAACCGUCUCAAUGUCCUGUGACCGUUGCGGCAGAGUGGGGACGCCAUCAGAUUAUGCAGAUAGGAGUCUAUAUACGAGGAUGCGUGAUUACUAUUACUAUUACAUUCGUGAACGACUUCACGUGGUGAACGUCACUUACAGCAAGAAAGUUGAUGUGGACAACCAUCUGAGAAAGCUGGUGGAGGUGUAUGGCCCAGAACCCAGCACCCGUCAACUCCAUCUAGAAAUUGUGCAGUGUAAUUUUCCAGGCAUUGCCGACGGUACUCCCUAUUUUGCUCUCGAAGUCGGACUCCUGCAGUAUAGGACAGUACCUGUCGCCGACAACCCUGACUCCCAUUUCAAAGGGUCAUUUGACAUUCAUCUUGGAUUACCCGAAAAGGAUGAACUAAACCUGAUAGUGUUUAUGAGUCGUGCGUGUGAGUUGCUUGAUGUGGAGGUUGGACGAACCUUGAUACCCCUCAGGAACGUCGUGUGCGGGAAGAAAAUGCUUUUCCGUCUCCCACUCGUGCGACAGGCUCAGACAAAAUAUGCUAAAAUCCAUGGCUCCGUUGAAGUUUUGCUUUACACCAAUGAUUUUGGUCUCCCGUCCGAGCAGCAGAGGCACGCUCUGCAUCACAGCCUUUGCGAUCGAGUACAGUGGGAGGUUUCUCAUUCCAACCCAAAGGACAUUCAUCGGAUCCCCAAUUUUCUCGCGGGAAUACAGGUGCAAAGCGGGUGGGUUAGCGGUCAAAUGGAAUGUAGAUCGUUACCUCGGCCUGGCUCAGCGUCAGAUAACGCAAUCCGUGUUCUCUUUCUUGGGUUUCAAUGCCUUCCUGAAAAAGGUGUCUACAUAAAAGUGAAGUUGGAUGGCUGUAAGAAGCUUCUACGCACAGGCGACCUGUCGGGGAAGCGGCUUGCUUGCGUCAAUGAAGAAUUCACCAUUGAAGGUUCUGCUGUACUGAAAAACACAGUUUUUACGUUGAAGUUAGCAGAAAGUAAGACAAAUGAAUCGCGCGCGUUAUGUUACUGCGACUUCACUCUAGCAGAUUGUCCCCCUGGAUGUGUGUCUAGAAAGUGGCUGCGUCUCUUCGACGACAGGGGCAGGUCUAUGGGCCAACUAGGCAUUCAGGUGGACGCACCAGCUUCCUCAAGCUCAUUUUUCUCUCGCAGCAGCAGCAACCGGUCCCAUCACGACGUGGAGCGAGUCACGGAUGAUGUCGUGUCACUUCUACAAAAGUACUUGCCGCAAGGGCUGCGGCGACUCGACCUGAUAAUUAACCAUUCCGAUAAUGUGAGUGCCGUUCAUCGUGUGCUUCGCAAGGAACUGGCACCCAAAGUGCAAGCGACAAUAUACUGCCAGGUUCAGCAAAUCAGAUUGCGAACUCCAGCAAGGAUAUACCCCCGAGUCGAGUUUUCUUCAGCUGACGAGGUUCAAUACGUAACGGAGCGCACAUACGGGGAGUGUAUGGUGGACUCAAAUACGCCAUCCCGAAAGAGAGGGGCCGUUUACCUCCACUUUUCUUCAGUCCGUUUGGAUGUGAACGGGGCAGAUGCGCUGCGGAUUUCUGUUCAUGAUGGUGAGGCGAGAGAGGGGUGUGAGAAGUUAGGGAGUGUGGUGCUUUCGUUGCGAGCACUUCUAACCCCGACACUGUACGGCACAAAUGAGAUAUUGAGGGCGCCGCUUGUCAAACUGUGGCGUACCGGGAUUAAAACACGGGCAGUCGUGGCUGGAACCAUAACCUUCCACCUUAGUAUCCCUAUUUUUGAGCGGUACCCAGCGGCGCUAUGCCUCUCCGAGAUCUUUCCGUGCGCUGUGGACCGAGAUGUGAUACGAUGUUAUUUCAACAAAAUAUCUUCAGUGCUGCGGUGCCACGAUACGGGUUCACUCGUGGACAUCCACCGCAAGGUGUUUGAGGAGCUUGUCGUGAAACCAAAUGGGUCGGUUGAGCUGCGCAACUUCCUCCACCAAUUAGCGGAACGGUGGGGCGUGGACGUGAGUUCUCUUGACGCCACUUCCCCCGACUGGUCGUUUUGUUGA